CUUCAUCAUGUGUUUUUGAACUAUUUCCUUUUCUAUGACUUUUGUGGGUGUUAGGUAGUAGUAUAAUAAAUUUUGCUUUCUUGGAACGUAUGGGGUAAAGUGUUGUGUUGUUGACUUGAUGGUUUGGGAAACAUCUGCUGAAAAUUUGGUAUUAGUUUAGCUAAGGUGAAGAGUAACCCUUCAUCUGAACAUAGAGAAACUCGAAAUGGCGUUUGAUAUAUGUGAAGUAGUAUGAUUCUUGGUGUGAUAGAAGUAGAAUUAUGAGAGAAUUUAUUCCAAGUACACGAAAAGGGUUCUCAGAAAGUUUUACUUUUGGGUGCGAAGCAUUUGUGUCACCAUUGGGUAUAGGUAUCUCUGAGUUUAUACUCUGAAGCUACGGUGAGUAGCGACCUCAUCUUCGAAUUUGGACGGAGAAAGCCAUUUUAUAUCAAAAGGGAUAUUGUGCAAUGGAUUUCAAAGGUAUAACCUGGGCUGGUAAUAUGUACCAGAAGUUUGAAGCCAUGUGCCUGGAGGUGGAAGAGGUUAUGUACCAGGAUACUGUUAAAUAUGUGGAAAAUCAGGUGCAGAAAGUCAGUGUUAGUGUGAAGAAGUUCUAUUCAGAAGUAAUGGAAGAUUUGCUUCUCCCAUCUUGCGUGGAUCCCAUGAAAGUACCUUCUGCCGACUCGUUCUUUGACCCUUAUGCUCAUACUGAUAUCAAUAAGAAGCAGAUGCCAAGCUUAUUGGACAAUCCUAGGGAUCUUAAGAAGAAAGAAAAUGAAGAUGAAGUGAUUUCUCAUAUGACUGCAGAAAAAGGCUCACCUCUAAAUGGCCAUUAUGAUGUGAACUCUUUUUCUCCCCGGUCUCCUGGAGUUUUGGUUCAAGAUAAAUGCUAUGAGGUGUCUUCUGGAAAAACUAAGAAAAUUGGAGUAUACAGACGCCCUGUUGGCAUCAAAAGAAUUCCUCAGAACAAUCAUCCUUCAAAAGGUUCUUAUCAAGCGACUCCUCUAUCAGGAGCUAGGAGCAGAAAGCUUGCAUCUUGUGACUUGAGAAGUAGUUCUCUGGAGGCCUCUGGUGAUAGGAAUGUGCUAUCAUCCUCUGACUUAGAUGUGAGACAUGAUACUGGAGAAGCAGUAAAAGGAAAUGCACUUAUAUCUGAUAAGACCCCUUCUCACCAAAUUUUGUCAGCUGAAUCUGAGAGGCAAAAGAGUGAGACUUCUAAGGGUAUCUCCUCUGUUUCUGACAAUAUUGCAUCAGCUGAAUCUGCAAGGCUAAAGAAAGGAGAUUCUGAGUGUACCUCAUCCUGUCGUGGCUCCCGAACAGAAUCCAUUUGUACAUCGAUGAAUGAAAAUUCCUUUUCUAAUACAGGCUCAGGUAUUGCUAAAGCUGAGAACAAGGAGGUUAUGACAUUUAAUGAAGGUAUAUCAAUUAAUGAUGGCUCAUCAGAUGUUAGCAGGAAUAUCUGCCAUGAUGAGGCUUCGGACAAGGAGGUUCUCGUGUCAAAUGAAGAUAACUUUGACAUGGAGGUCAUCAAGAAUGAGGAAUUUGCUCAACUCAGACUAGAAAUCUCUGAGCCAGUUCAAAGGCCAAACUUGGAGGACUCCUGUGUGUUAGUGGAAGGAUAUGUUCCUCAAGGAACUGGGAGAAAUUCAUACAAGAAAAAGAUCCGCCAAGCUCUUUUAUCAAAAUUGAGAUCAACAAGGCAACACAAUGAGUGUGCUCCCCAACAUAAAGAUCUACAUGGAAAUGACAACGUGGUGGCGGCAGUUCCUGUUCUCACUAUAGACUCUGAGAAAAGAGAAUUCCCAGCAAAUCAUUCUCUCGAAUCUGACUGGGAGCUGCUCUAGAUAAACUGCUGCCUCAAGAGAUCUGGUUUGCCUCCAUCAAUAGUGGCUAUGAAGAUGUUCUUAUUGUUAAUAAUCACCGAGAGAAUGCUCGCUCUAUCAUAUAUCAAAGUUUGAAUAAAAUGAAUACGGGGAACGAAAGUGCUUGCACUGAUUAUCUCUUUCGCCAAUCAACAUCAUAAUAUGUAAAUAGCUAAUAUAUUCAAAGGGUUGAUGCUGCAGUUGGUGCAGAUGCCUUCUGUAUAUUACCUCCCAUAUCAUAAUGUGAUAUGACAAUCCUCUUAUGGUUUGUGGGUGGGAUCAUCACUCUUGCAAGUACCUUAUUGUAGAGGUGAGGAGAAAGAAGAUACCCAGGGAACAAGUAUUGCAUGUUCUUGGUGCCCUUUGGUAUAUUCUUUUCCAAGCCCGGUUUGAUGAUGGGAUCAGGUCUCGCUUCAGUUUGGCCCGACAGUCGCAUAAUUUAUUAUGAAAGAAUUAUUUUGAAAAAAAA